UGUGCAAUUCACCAUUACAAAUGGCCAAUGCACGAACAGUACCGUUUCGAUUCCUGGUGAAGUGCAUCGUACAGCGGAACGAUGCAACCGUUCCGGGAGGAAAGUUUCCGAAGCAGGCCUUUGCACCGAGCAGCGGCAGCUGGUGAUACGGAGGCUACGGCAGAGUGUUUGGCCCAGGAUAUCAAUCCUUACGAACCGGCCGAAAAGGGCAUUACACCGUUGCUUGUGGCGGUACGAAACGCGAAGGAAACCAUCGUUCGUAUGUUGCUGGACCGUUACGAGAAGGAUGGGUUGCGUUCGUGAAACGGUCAAGCAUCGCUAGGAAAUGGAAUCAAUCGAUUGGAGGUGCAGACCCAUCCUGAUUGCCUGGACAGGGGAAGAAUGCGAAAGUGCCGUCACCUUGGCGACAAACUAUCCCGCUGGAAUCACGCUGAACGCGCAAGUUUUCGUUUGGCUCCACCGUAUGCACGAUGGACAUCGAUUCGUGGCGUUGGAUGUUAGCAACCGGAGCAAGAUGAUCGCCGUGUUCCGAUUGAUCCAGCAGCUUCUUCCGAACGAGGUGCUCUCGCUGGAUCGAAGUGACUACCGGGUGAACUACGACAACUGUCUUCAGGUGGCGUGCGGUUACUCCUCUCUGGAAAUAGUGGACCUAUUAAUAGCCAGCGGUGCCUCGUUGCCCAUGGGCUCUGGCCCAAACGAUAGAACACCGUUUAUGGCAGCGUGCGAGAUGGCACGGGUGCCUACGAUCGAGCACGCCGAUUGUUUCGACCCAACCGCCCGGAGAGAGGAUGGCAAGAAUGUAGUGCAUUUGUUAGUGCAACAGCAAAAGCCUACGCUGUUGGAACGGCUGAUGGAUCGUUUGGUGCAGUACCGUGUGAAGAAGUUCCGCGAAACGGAUUUCCAAGCAUUCAACGAAAUGUUCUGCUAUCGGCCUGAUUCGGAGUAUGCGUAUGACCACCUGUGGUACUAUGUACGAUCGCCAGCAAUGAAGAAACUGUGCGCCAAGUACGUCGAACAGUAUCAGCUGGAUGUAUCUACGCCCCUGAACGACACGAUCUUACUAGAGUAUCUGAUCCGUGAGGACCUGUUCUUAGAUUACUGCUACAAAGCGAUCAAGAAUGAUCUGUCGUUAUUACGCGUGUGCGGUAGUAACGAUGAGUUGGCCAUACUACACACGCUGAUCUUGUGCAAACGGUUAGCAUUCGUCGAGGAGCUAUAUCGUGACCAUGGCGAUAUUGUCAAGUCCAUCUACGAAGCGGACACUCGCGAACCAAGCCAAGCACAUGUGGCAAUACGUUACCUGGUGCGAGAAGCAGAUGAGACCGGAUUGCAGUUUGUACUGCAGCACCAUCGGGAGUACUACGGCCGCGAUGUAGACAAGCUGCAGGAGUCAACCGUUGACAUGUUUGAGUGCAAGGAAUUAGUCCAAAAAAGCAACCGAAUCGUCGAUCUACUACUGCAAACCUUUCCUGAGCUUCGAGAUGCGAUCAGCAUAGCAAAGAACGCCCGGAAACAAGCAUACGAGCUUGAUCAAGACUUUUACGGUCUGUUCGACCGGUUGAGGAAUAGUUUCUCGGAAACCGUGCAGCAGCUGGAGGCGGAUGGAAAGCAACUCGAACACUAUCGAGAUGAAAGCGAUCAGCGAUCAUUCCUGCAUGUUGCUGCUUUCUACGGUGAUCUAACCCUCAUGCAGCAUCUACUGGAACGAUCAGGCUGUGACGUCUUGCAAUCCGAUAGGCAAAGUUUGCUACCAAUUCACUUAACCGACGAAGAGAGUGUCUUCGAGCUGCUGCUGGCCAAAAACGAAACAGCUCAGCUAGCGUACUUAACGGAGAAGGGCUACAAUCUGUUGCAUAUUUGCUGCCAACGUGGCUUCCGCGGAUCGAACGCCCUUGAGCGGUUGUGCGCGAAUGGAUUUGAUGUGAAUGGAGCUGCACCAGAAGGCCAGCUUCCCCUAUCGUUAGCGAGAUGCUGUACAAUGGUCAGAUUUUUGUUGGAACAUGGUGCACGCGUGGAGCUACUGAAUGAACAGCUCGUGGAAGAUAAUCUGUCGACUAUGCGCGGCUGUGCGGCAUGGGAGCUCCUACCGCACAUUGUACAUCUGGAAUGGUUCGGUCGAAUAGCGCACCGUUACCUAUCGUGGAUGGUUGGUUCGAAAAGUAGGGAUUCCUUCUCGUGCAGCCAUGAGGAUGAGCUGACCGCACAUGAGGACAUUCGUCGAAUCCUGUUCGAUAGCCUUUACAACCACUCGCGCCAGCAGGCAUCGGAAAUGUUUGCUACCGUUUGCUACCGGGCAAUCGUUUGCUGUUCGCGCUGGUUCCUUGAUUACGAUUACGAUCUUGAUUACGAUCAUGCCGACGACACGGGCUACACGCCUCUGCUCGCUUUGGUGAGCUACAUGGAGAUGCCGAACUACGAUAUCAUCGAACGAUUGCUAGGGAAAUCAAUCAACGUGAAUGCGGUCAACGUUUGGAAGCAGACGCCGCUAAUGCUUUUCGUAACACGCUUUCAAUCGGCCCAGUGGUACGGUCAUACCGUGAAAACGGCCCGGCUGCUGGUGAAUCGGGGCGUCCAGAUUGAUGCACAGGAUGAGGAUGGCAAUACGGCUUUGCAUCUAGCGUUCAGUGAAGAACACUGGGAGUUGGUGGUGUUCUUGAUUGAGUGUAACGCGAAUCUAGCCCUAAAGAAUGCUGCCGGUAAAGUAGCGUGUGAAAUGAUUCCCGCUUUUAAGCAAAGUUUGUACGCAUUUAUGAGUAGGCUUUGAGCGUGGAAUGGUUUUAGUAGCGUGUUUUGGCUAUGGAAUCGGGGGAUUUGUCGAAAUGUGCCAGUAUUUCAUGUUAGUCAUGUUUGUAUUGUAUGAAAGUUCAAUGAACCACAAUGUUUGCUGAUGCAUACGUUCCAUUCAUUUGUUCAAGCGUCAGCAAAGUCGAAGUAAGGUUCCGUAUUUUCUCAACGAGCUAAUCAGUCACAUGAGGUUCGGUUUAGCGUCGGAUAUAUGAGAGCUACGAGUCCCAAGAGGGUGCACAUAUAAAGCCAUGAAAUCAGCAUCCAGCAUCGAGACUGCAAAGUAGUUUGACACGGAGAAAGUCAGCCGCCGACACUCAUUAACGAUCGUAGACUACAUUGUAACGAUGGAGGAUUCGAUCGAAAAGCUGCCCGAUAAGUCCGCUCCGAUCGUUCCAGAACUAAAAGAACCCACACACCAGCAUCCUGUG